AUGUCAACACUGUCCACCAUGUCCCCUGACGUGGCGAGGCGGCCAUUGCUGCAGCUCGGCACUCAUGUGGUCCCCCAUUCCGUCCUUGCCGCCGCUUGCGUAGCGAUUUGCGCUGCGGGCACACGACACAGCAUUCGCAAUAAUCUCCGAGCAGCUACGAACACAUCGAAUCCUCGCACGCACUGCCCCGCCACAUCGCCUAAAUGUCCCCCACCUGCCUUGCUGCUGCCGCUGCGGUCCUUCGUCGGAGCUCUCGGAGUCGCCAUGCGCACCGACGGACCCGUCGCAUCCCCUUCGCUUCUCCGCGCGCUUCAUUCGACGGUUGAGUCCACUCAGCUUUCCGCCCCUCAUGCCUCCGCCCCUCAUCCCUCCGGCUCCGCCCCUCAUGUCUCGCGUUCCUUCUCAACUGCCGCGCUGUCGCCCCUCGCCGCGGGGUUGAGCACGAGCGCCGCCAGCAGCGUUCCCCUGCCCGUGCAGCACGGAGCGUCAACGAUGCGCGCCGCCGUGAUGCGCGAGGUGGGCGCGCCGCUGCGCGUGGAGCUGCUGCGCAUCCCGCGCCCCCAGGCGGGCGAGGUGCUCAUCAAGACGCGCGCGUGCGGCGUGUGCCACACGGACCUGCAUGUGAUGCGCGGGCACGUGGCGUUCCCCGCGCCCUGUGUGCUGGGCCACGAGGUCAGCGGGGAGGUCGUGGACCAUGGCGCUGGCACUGAUGCCGCCACCAUCGCCAGGCUGCCAGUGGGGUCACGAGUGGUGGCGGCCUUCAUCAUGCCCUGCGGCUCCUGCUUCUUCUGCACCUAUGGGCAGGAGGACAUAUGCUCCACCUUCUUUGCAUUCAACCGCCUGCAUGGCACGCUCUACGAUGGCCACACACGCCUCUUCUCCGCCCACCCCUCUGGUGACCGCAUGCCUGCCUACCUGCCAGGGACGCUCCUCUUGUGCAUGGGCGGGCUGGCGGACUACUGUGUGGCGCCCGCCUCCGCCGUGGCGCCACUCCCCCCCGCGCUGCCGCUGCCCGAGGCGGCCGUCAUGGGGUGUGCGCUCUUCACUGCCUUCGGAGCGCUGCGCCACGCGGGGGACGUGCGGGCAGGCGACACCGUGGCGGUGGUGGGGGCGGGUGGCGUGGGCGGCAGCUGUGUGCAGGUGGCGCGCGCCAUGGGGGCCGCGAGCAUCGUAGCGGUGGACGUGGCGGAGGGCAAGCUGCAGCGCUGCCGUGCGCUGGGCGCCACGCACACCGUCAAUGCUGCCAAAGAGGACGUGGUGGAGGCCAUCAGGCCCCCAUGGUUCACUCUCUUGCCCCUUGUGUACCUCAUGUGUGUUUCACGUGUGCCCCAUCUCCCCCAUUCCCUCUGCCAGGCCAUAACGGGCAGCAUGGGGGUGGACGUGGCGGUGGAGGCGUUGGGGCGGGCGGAGACGUUUGGGCAGACGGUGCAUGCAGUGAGGGACGGGGGCAGGGCGGUGAUGGUGGGCAUUGCUGCUGCCGGCACCACCGCUGCUGUCGACAUCACCCGACUCGUGCGCCGCAAUAUCAAGAUCAUAGGGUCAUACGGGGCCAAGGCACGGUCGGACCUGCCAGCGGUGGUGGCGCUGGCAGCAGCGGGGAGGGUGGACGUGGUGUCCAGUGUCACGGAGCGCUACUGCCUCGAGGAUGCGGACAGUGCCUACUGCAAGCUGGAGAAGGGCAACGUGCUGGGCCGGGCCAUUGUAGACAUGACUCUCUGA